UUAUGAUUUUAGUGUUCGAUUCGUGGGGCUCAUUUCCCAAGGGUUUACUCUACGGAAACCUGAUCGACAUGGGAAACUACGAUGAGUGCGUCGGGAUUAACAAAGCAAUAUCCGAUAACUAUAAUAUCCAAGGAAAAUAUUGCCGAGCAAAGCUAACUUUAGUCGAACCUGCACUUAAGCUGCAAGUGGGAAUUUGCUUACCGGCCUCCUGCUCGGCCGCAAAUAUGAAUACAUUUCUAAAACAACUGAUAAAAAAGCUAAUUGGCCUCAAUAUCAACACCCACUUUGUGAGCGAGGAUGCCUGCAGGACUGCCGAUCGAGAACCUUUUGACGGUCUAACUAUAUUUACCAUUGUACUACUCUCAGUAUUGGGUGCUGUCGCAGUUCUGGCCACUAUUUGCGAUUACUUUCUUUUUGAAGACCAAAAAAAACUUCCCUUUCUGAUAAAGGCCUUUUCCAUACGCGCCAAUUCCCGAGCUCUUUUCUGCCUGGUGGAGCCCAAUUCGAAGCCCAAUGUUAUCGACUGUCUCCAUGGCAUGCGCUGCUUAUCCCUCAUCUGGGUAAUUUUUGGACAUGAAUACAUAAUAGCCAUGAUAGCUCCAAAUAUGAACUUCCUGACCGUAUAUAGGUGGUUCGAGAAACCUUUUAGCAACUUUAUAACUCGCGGUGUAUUUUCUGUGGACACCUUCUUAUUCCUCAGUGGCUUGUUAUUGGUCGUGAUUUCCAUGCGUUCCCUGGAAAGAACUAAGGGAAGGUUAAACAUUCCAUUGAUGUAUCUCCAUCGAUAUUUGCGACUCACUCCGAUUGUGGCUGUGGCCAUACUUAUCUAUAUGAAACUGCUGCCUUACUUGGGAGAUGGUCCCAUGUUUAACAGCAUUCAUUUUGAUGACUAUAGUCGCUGUGAACGCACCUGGUUCUGGAGUUUACUCUAUCUCCAAAACUAUGCCACUGCAGAACUGUGCAUUAGUCACACCUGGUAUUUGGCUGUGGAUAUGCAGCUUUAUAUACUCUCACCGAUAUUUCUGCUCGCUUUGUAUAAGUGGGGCAAGAAAGCUGCAGCUGGAAUAUUUGUUUUCAUGCUUCUGCUUUCUGCCUGCCUCUUCAGCACGAUGAUGACCAAUAAGUAUCCCAUUAAUAUGGAGCAAGGACUCCUCGCUGGUGAAGGUCAACGCAAACUUUACUUUGCCACACACACGCAUGCAGCUCCUUGGUUGAUCGGCGCUCUGUUCGGCUAUUUCCUGCAUGUGAAUCGCAACAAGAAUUUUCAGCUGAGCCGCAUUAUGAUCUGGCUAGGCUGGCUCAUUAGCUUGACACUGAUAUUCACCUCUAUAUUCGCCCUCCACGCAUCUGCUCAAUGGUCUGCGCCAAACCUGACCUUGCUGGAGGCGGCCUCCUACUAUACACUAAGCCGCAUCGCUUGGCCUCUGGCCUUGUGCUGGGUGGUGUUUGCCUGCAUGAGAGGCUAUGGUGGAUUGGCCAAUAGCUUCCUUUCUUCACCAAUGUGGCAGCCGCUCUCGAAACUGUCCUAUUGCGCCUACAUCUUUCAUAUAGUCGUACAACAAACCAACGUUGGACGCAUACGGACAAGCCUUUAUUUCUCCGACUACGAUUUGAUGCUACUCUUUUGGGGCACCUUCGCCUUCACCGUACUUAUGGCAUACGUGAUGUACAUCAUAGUAGAGGCACCCUUUGGCGUUCUAGAAACCAUGCUAAUGCCCAAUCGUAGAGCUGCUCCAAAGGCUACCAACCCCGUUGAGUCAUCAGUUGUGCCUACAGUUGAACCCACAAUCGAAACCCCAAAAACAAAUUUAGCUACAGUGGUGGAGCAAGAUGUAGAAGCAUCAACAGCUAGCGCAACGGCAAGUUAAGGCCCUUAGCUCAACUCUUAUUUAAACUUAGUUUAAGGAUUGUCACAUCUAUAAUUUAAUAAUAUAAU